AUGCUAUGCGGAGUGAAUUCUGGGAUUGAAGAAUGUGUGGUUUGCCACGAGGAGAGGAGGGCGACUGUGCCGCGCAGAAAGGCUCGAGGAAGGGCGUUUGAGAGUCUGCACGGAGCUGUCUCCCGGACGCGACAAUGCUCCUCCUCACCGAAAUCCCGCGCGACCAGAGCCCAGGAGCGUGGGCUGAUAAGACCGAUAAGAAGACUUCCUCAAGUGCGACAGGAUGCCAAAAGCCAGCCGCGGGGGUCUGGGUCGUGCAAGCCCUUCCGAAGCGAGCGAGGGCUGAGAGGACAUGGGUUAUGGUUGGGCUUGUCUGGCCUCCGGUCCGGUGGUGGACAGGAGCCCUUGCUAGGCGGUGGGAUCCGCCUCCGGAACUCCUUUGUGCCUCACGACCCUGAGCCGAUUUCUGGAAAGAUGACUGUUGCCCCGCAUGAGGGAUGGCUGGACUUGGACGAGUGUGGUCAGCGCAGCUUCUGCCUUGCAGAUGCCCUGCAUCCCCUCUUGGAGCCGCUGUUCCACGCAGGGCAGAGGCCCGUCAAGGCGUCGAUGACUGUGCAUGGGUCUUCUUUGUCGAUGCAAGCCAACGCCGAAGGAUGCAUCGAGGACGGCGAUCCCCAAAGACAUGCCCCCGGAGUUUGGGCUGACGACCUCCAGACAUCAUACGUCGCCGUUGAAAGGCAAAAUAAUUCCUCUCGCCGUCCUUUUUUGCGAGAAGUCGGCUCACGGACGGGGAGCCUGCAGUGGCACAGCCUGGAGCUGACGGAUGCUGCAGCAGCAGUGUUCCUCAGGAACAGAUUCACUACGCCUGUAUGCGUAUGCUGCUGCACAGAGUCUGAGAAGUUUGAAGAGACUGCCAGCGCAUCAGAGCUGUGGAUGACAGGCACAUUUGCUUGGCCGUCCUCGAAGAAGCUGCAGACCAGGGUAGGGUCCGGACUGAGGGGUUCACCCAUCGCUCUAGUGGCGGCCCGGUCUAAAACAUGGCUUGGAGCUAUCCCUCUGUCUCCCGCCGCGUCACUCGACACUCUACGACAGGCAGCUCGGACCGUGGGCAAGCUGGCGGGUCUUUGCCAGGACGCAGCCCAGUCCCGGAUUCUGGGUCAAGACCCUGAAUUAUGGUUUCGCGGUGGAAACUGCUUCGUACACUUGUACGGCAAGGGGCAGUCCCGCAGAGGACCUGCAUUUAAAGUACCAUUCGGUGCUUUGCUUUCAGCAAACUGCCAUCCGUUUGUCAAGAGAUUUAUGGCUCGCGACAUGCCUGAGACGCCAGGUUCAUUCCAUGACCAGUAUGAUGAUUUGGACCGGUGGAAUGCUCUCAACCCCAACGAGCGGAUCGAGCUCUACAUUCCAGCACCCCCAAUGGCAGACAAGGAACAGGCAUUUUCUUACCAUCUCGCAACGAGAAAUUUCUUUGCGUGGAUCUUCCGACGCUCAGUGGUCGGCGAGCACCUCGGCACCGCACUCAUCGGCCUUCUCAACAGCAUGGCGGAGUUCAGAGGCAACGAACAGGACAACGUGUCGGAUCUCACUUCUUACUUAGAUGAAGAGGGCUACUACGACAUCAAGGGUCUGCCACAACACGCACUUGCUAUGCUGCAUCUGGCCGAAGUCUUCCAAUUGAGAGACCUGUACGUCGACGCAUUCAGCCACUGCGUUGGAAUGAGCGAGGAGCUCUUCUACAGUCCCGAGUAUCAGCACAUUGGCUCGGUCUCUAAGACGCUGAUUCGACGGGCGCGGACUGAGAUGAAUUCUAGACUCAGUCAAGCAGGUGGCAUGCUUAAGAACUUCCUGGAAGAGGAGCUCUCUGAGACACAUCUUGGCCUUCCAGCAGGCGGACGUGCCCAUCUGGACCGAUUCCGAUCCUUUAUCCAAUCAUUUUACACGACAAAGUUUGGCUAUUACCCGCCAUUGUCCUUCGACACUCGCAGUAGCACCAUCUUCGACCCUGAGAUUUUCAGUACCAUGUGCAAGGAUUUCAAGGCCGUUUAUGACUUGCUCGUAGACGAGGAGUUCACUUCAAUCGAGAGCAGCCCGCUCCUUGCGCAAGGCGGGAUAUGCGCCGUGCAGAGCGUUCAAGAAUUCGAUGAGCGAUGCAACUUCAAGUCUCUGAGGCAUCCGCUGCCAUUACUGCCCGAGACUGUCAGCGACAAAGCAUCCCGUCGCAUGUCACUACAGUGGUUGGCGAACACCGCGCGAGGCGACAAGCUAAAGCCUGACCAACGCCUAGUGGCCCACAGUGCCAUGAUCAAGGCAAUGAACAUGCGUGACCCAGCACUUCUGGACAACGACUUUGUCCGCGCCUACCGGAAGUUUGAAGAAGACUCCGUUUCACCUCUUAUUCGCGUCGAUAAGGCCGAGAAGAUUAGUCUCGUGGACGCCCGCAAGGUGCGCUGGAUUCUGAUUUACGCGGUGUACCAAGUGCUCCUCAGCUGCACACAGGCGCCAUCGGAAGUUCGCGACACUGAUGCGGACUAUCACCUCGCAGUGUCUUGUGAAAAGCUGCCGCCCUGGAAGGAGGGACGCCAAUUGCAAACCCUCCUACGCAAGCAGACAGACAUCGCAGUCGAUACUAAGCGAUCGCAAUCCGUCACGGACUGGGCAACGGGCUGCCAUGGCACACCGUCUGUGGUUGUGUCGCCGACUAUCGAGAUUCGACCAGACGUCGACUACACUGCCAGAUCCCGCCGCGACGAAAUAGCCUCCCGUCGGCAGUCAACAUGCGGGGUCCCACCCGCGGCGGCCCCGGCCCGCUCACGGAGCAGGAGCUUGUCCCGCAACAACCCCUUCCGACGAUCCCUCAGCAUCUUCCGCAAGCUGGAGGAGCAAUGUGCUCCGGCACCCCGCAAGGCAUCAUACUGCGAGAUCGUGGUCCACGGUUACGGCAACGGCACCAAUGCUGUCAAGAAGUGGGAGGGUCCUCCCGCAGGGGUCUCGCCCCGGACUCAUGUUGCACCGCGUUCCUUCUCGACUUCUUCAGAGUCCAGCGGCGCCUCUGAGGCUCCCUCGAUGGGUGGUCACAGCUAUGCGACCAUCGACUCCACGGCGCCGCCGACCUCGCCCGAUGCGCCGAGCAAGAAUUGGCCGAACCAGGAGUCGCCUAUGCUGAGCCCCGUUCCUCUGCGUGGUCGUCGGCGCAUGAGGAAUGUGCUUUCCUUCGCGGGGACGCCGCCCCGUGCCAGUUCUUCGGAGUGGACGGUAAAUAACCGGCGUCACAGCGUUAUCGGGGGCGGCGCUGGUAGCUACGCUCAUGACUAUGAGGAGCUGAUUAAGGAGCAGGAGGCAGACUUCCACCGUCAUGAGCUGGAGCCUCUUCCCCUGCAGAUCCGCAAGUCUUCGAUCCCGAUUCAUGAGUCCCCGGUAUUAGGGCAGAUGGAUGUGCAGCCUGUGUGGGAGCAGUUCAAGGACCUUGGUGGUCUUACUAGCUGCUCCCCUCUGAAUAUCUAG